CUAUCUUUUAGCAUAUUAUUUGCACCUCUACUUUCAGCGUGCCAUGAGAAGGAAGGUUGUGCUCUGUCUAAUCAUCUGUAGUUUUGUGAAGCUCUUCAGCUUCAAAUGCUUUUCAGAUCUUGUACAGUCUUCAAAGGCAAGAUCUGCCUUUCAGCUACUCCGGGCGAGAUCGAGAUGUUCAGUGAAUGCUGGGCCAGGAGGAGUUCUUCCAGAUGGCCAGUUGAGAGAUGCGUAUGACAUGGAGACAUCGAUGGAAGCUCGGGAAGGGGUGCUGCGACUCUUCCCUUCAUCAAUCUAUCGAAAGCGACUUCGGCCAGAUGUGGAUGAGCUCAAAGCGCUGAACGAAGAUAUUGCGCUUAACUUCAAGCGCUUAAUGGCACGGGAUGAGAAGGGUAUCGAGUGGUCAAAGACGCACUAUGCAGGUGGUUAUACUUCAUACUUUAGCUUGCCAGCACUGCAAAAGUGGGUGCCACCUAUCCAAACCCUGGAGGAGUGGUUGAAGCCUCACAUAGAAGAGUUUAGAAAAGAAACCAGGCUCAUCAAUGGGCCUGAGCUGUUUAUGACGGAUUGUUGGGCGAAUGUGAUGGGGGAGGGCACUGAGCACACCUUUCAUCAGCACAAUCGAUCAACGAUCAGUGGCACCUACUACGUGCAAACGCCCAAAAAGUGUUCAAGUCUGCUGUUUGAAGAUCCACGCUUGGACAGGACAGUUGCAAAGCAAGAAAGACAAGUGAUCGAAUGCCCGGCAAUUGCAGGGUUUGUCGUGUUGUUUGAAAGCUGGCAACGUCACACAGUGCCCCCAAAUACUGGCGACAACGAACGAAUUAGUGUGAGUUUUAACUACCACUGGCGCUACGAAGAGCCCACCAAAGCUCAUCUGGGGUGAUACGAAGCAA